CAUCGGUUUUAUGAAAAGUAGAAUACACGGUGUGAUUAAAUAUGUUGAACUAUUCAGAAAUUUUAGAUGAUACAGAAAGAGAUAUAUCAGAAUCUCAUUCUAAACUUUUGGAUGCUGUAUUACAACUUGAUAAAGGACAAAGGAUAAAAAAAGCAGAGAGAAGUGAACCUACAUUAGAAGUAUCAGAAUUUCAUUUAGUAAAAAGUGGAAUAUCUGAUCGAGAUACAAUUCAAAUACAUGAUUUAGCCAAAACAUUAGGAAAAAAAGGUCAUCAUCUUGAAAUUACUAAAAGUUUACAAGAUAUAAAGAAAAAAAUACAUGUUUUAUCAAAACCAUUGGAGAAACCAAUAGCUGAUAAAAUUAAAAGAAUAGUUGGUUUUAAAAAUACAAAACAAGAAUUAAAAAAAUGGAAUGCUGUAAUAACAAAGAACAGAACAGCAGAAUCACUUCAAUUUCCUUUAAAUCAAUCAUCAAUGAAAUUAGAACCUUCUAAGGAAUUUGUUAAAAGAUUUAGACUUCAAUCAGAUUUAGAGAAAGAGCUUGCUGUAUUAGAACCAGAAAAAGAAAAUAUUGAACAAAAAAAAGAUAGAUUUUCUUUGACAUUAAAGGAAAUUAUUAUGAAAAGAAAAGAAGCUGCUAGAAUUAGAGCACAACAGUCUUAUAAAGAAGCAAAAGCUCAUCGUCAAAGUAAAAUUAAAAGUAAAAAGUUUCAUCGUGUUCAAAAAAGAGAAAAAAUAAAAUUACAAUUAAAAGAAUUUGAAGAAUUAAAAAAAACUAAUCCUGAAGCUGCAUUGGAAAAACUUGAACAAUUGGAUAGAAUUAGAGCAGAAGAACGAAUGUCAUUAAAACAUAGAAAUACAGGAAAGUGGGCUAAAUAUAUGCAAAUUAGAGCAAAAUAUAAUAAAGCAACUCGACAAGAACUUGCACAACAAUUAUCAAUUAGUCGAGAUCUAACUCAAAAAUUAAAAAAUCCAAAUGAUAGUGAUGAAGAAGAUGAAGGGGAUACUUCAUCUAUACAGUUUUUAGUUAAUGAUAAAGAAAAUCCAUGGAUGAAACAUAUCAAAACUGAAUCAGAAAUUGAUGAAUUUGUUAAAAGUUAUCGAAAAUAUUGGGAUAAUCAAAAUAAUGAAUUACAAAAAAAAGAUUUAAACAUCAAUACAAAUGAUAAUAAACAAAUGAAUAAUUCAUCCAAAGAUAAACAAUUUUGUAAUGAGAAAAAAGACAAAAAUAUUGAUACUAUUAAAGAUUCUUUUAAAAACCAAAAUAAUGAAAAUAUACCAGAAAACUCAAAUAAACAGAUGAUCUCAGUAAUAAAUGAAUCAAAUUCCAAUUCAAAAGUUGAUAAUAAUACAUAUAAUGUGCAAUCAUUUGAAAUUAAUAAUCACAAGGAAAAUUUAACAAAGGUAGAAUUUAAUGUUGAAAACAUAAAUGAUAUAAAUAAUUCAUAUAAUAAAAUUACAGAAAAAGUUAUGUUAAAUAAUGAUAAAAGAUCUAAGAAAAAAAUUGAAUUGCCAAAACCACAUUUAAAUAAAGUUAUAGCCACUUCUAGUUGGAAUGUGGAAUCUAUAGAAAAUAUUACUACAAAAAAUGUCAAUUCUUUAUUAUCUAAUUCGUUAAAUAACGAAAAAAUAAAUAAAAUAUUUGAUUCCUUGGAAGAAAAAAUUCAAGAACAAAUUGAAUCUAAGCUUCAAUGUGUUACUCAGAAUUAUGACAAAGUUGAAAAAAAAAAAAGAAAAUAUAAAAAUAUUGAAUUUGAAGAAGAUAAUUUUGAUGGUCUUGAAAUUCAAACAAAAAAACAAAAACCAAUCUUAGAUUUAAGUUUAUAUGAAACUGUCAAUAAAAAUAAUUUGGAAUUGAAUACUGAAUUAGAAAAAUUUAAAAAUAUAAAAUUUGAUAACACUUUAUCUAUAGAUAAAUCAAAUAAGAUAGAAAUAGAUCCAAAUAAAUACAUGAAUAUAAAACCUAAACAUCUAAAUACAGAUCUUCCAGUUGAUAUUACUGGUGGUAAUGAUGUUUUGGAUGAUAGUGAAAAUGAUGAAGAAAGACGUAAUAUAGUAAGUGAAGCAUUUGCAGAUGAUGACAUUAUAGAAGAGUUCAGAAAGGAAAAAGAAGAAGAGGUGAAAAAAUCUCAACCUAAGGAUAUCGAUUUAACAUUACCAGGAUGGGGUUGUUGGGGUGGAAAAAAUAUUAAGGUUUCAAAACGUAAAAAAAGACGUUUUAUUUUGAGAGUACCGAAAGAUUUACCUCGAAAAGAUGAAAAUAAGGGUGAUGUAAUAAUAUUAGAACAAGAUAAUCCUAAAAUAAAAGAGCAUCAGAUUAAUGAAUUGCCAUAUCCAUUUACAAGUGUUAAAGAUUAUGAAGCUAGUGUUAGAAUGCCAAUUGGAAGAAAUUUUGUAUCUGAAAAUGCUCAUAGAAAAUUAAUUGAGCCUGUUAUUAAAACACGUAUAGGAAAAAUUAUUGAACCAAUGAAUGAAAAUGUUUUAGUUAAAAAAAGUAAUGAAAAAAAUCGAAAAUUUACUUCUAAGAAAAAAAAUAUAAUAAAUAAUAAGAAAAAAAUAAAAUAA